AUGGCAUAUCUCCUAAGAAGUGUUGUCACCAUCAUUGAUAUAUUCUACAAAUACACCAAGCAAGAUGAAGAAUGUGGCACACUGAGCAAGGAUGAGCUAAAGGAACUGCUGGAGAAGGAGUUCCGGCCAAUUCUGAAGAAUCCAGAUGAUCCAGACACAGUAGAUGUCAUCAUGCAUAUGCUGGAUCGAGAUCAUGACCGAAGGCUAGACUUUACUGAGUUUAUUCUGAUGGUAUUCAAACUGGCUCUAGCCUGCAACAAGGUUCUUGGAAAAGAAUACUGUAAAGCUUCAGGGUCAAAGAAGCAUAGGCGUGGCCAUCAACAGCAAGAGGAAGAAAGUGAAAUAGAGGAAGAAGAGGAGACACCAAGACAGAAAUCAGGUUUCAAAUAUUCAAGAUGGAAUGAGGGAGAAGAGCAUGGACAUAGUUCUGGGGGCUCAUGGGGACGUGCAAAAUAUAGACGUGGGUCCAACUCUAGGAAGGUGGAAAGGCAAGAUGAAUUAUCCAGCUCAGAGGAGUCAAGGAAUCAUGGGUUUAUCUCUGGUCACUCUUGGAGUAGUAACAAAGAGAACCAUGGUUCAAAAUCUGAAGAGCGAGGAGAAAAUAGAGACAAGUCACAUGGUAGCACCUCUAGAGAAUCUGGGGAAGAUUAUGAGUCUGGAUCCAGGUUAAACCAUCAGGGAAGGAAAGGCCGUAGUGAACUGUUACAUGGAUUGGAGAAAAACAAACAUGAAUCAAAUUAUACUCAGUCAAGAGAGGGUGUAGAACAAAAGCUUGGGUAUAAUUCUGCAAGUUCAGGAAACAGUAAGAUACAAAGUCAUAUAUGUGGUUUCAGCAGUUCUAGUGGAUGUUGCAGACCACAAAAUGCUUCAAGCUCUUGUCAGGCAAGUAGAUCAGGGUGGCAAGGCAAUCAGUCUUGCUGUACCCAGUCAAAUUGUCAAUCAGGAACUAGUGGAGGACAAGGAUAUGGAUGUGUCUCAGAAGGUCAGUCCUCUAGAUGUUGUCAACCUAAACCUAGAUCCUGUAGCCAGUCUUCUAGUCAGAGAGGUUAUGGAUCUAAACAAUGUGGACAACCACAGAACUGUGGAAGACAACAGAGAAUGGGUUCAAGUCACUCUUCUUGCUGUGGACGAUAUGGGUCUGGCGCAACUCAAUCUUCUGGUUGUGGUCAACAGGGAACAAGGUCCUGUGGACAAUCUUCAAGCUCUCAUCAAAAGGGAUGUAGAUCAAAUGAAUUUUCCAAAGGCGGUCAGCAUGGGUCUGGUUCAGGGCACUCACCCUGCUGUGAACAACAUGGAACAAACUCAAGUCAGUCCUCUGGCUUUAAACAACAUGGACACAAAUCAGGUCAGUCAUGCUGUGGCCAACAUAGCACUGCAUCAGGUCAUUCCUCGGGUUAUGGUCAACAUGGUGUUGGUUCAGGUCAGUCAUGUCACUUUGGACAGCAUGGGUCCAGUUCUGGUCAGUCCUCUAUUUCUGGGCACCAUGGAUCUGGUUCUCAUCAGUCGUCUAGUUCUGGGCAUCAUGGAUCUGGCUCAGGUCAGCCAUCUGGGUCUGAGCAGCGUGGUGCUGGCUCAGGUCACUCAUCUGGCUUUGGGGAGCAUGGGUCUGGUUCUCAUCAGUCGUCUAGUUCUGGGCAUCAUGGAUCUGGCUCAGGUCAGCCAUCUGGCUUUGGGGAGCAUGGGUCUGGUUCUCAUCAGUCGUCUAGUUCUGGGCACCAUGGUCUGGCUCAAUCAUCUAGUUCUGGGCAUCAUGGAUCUGGCUCAGGUCAGCCAUCUGGCUUUGGGGAGCAUGGGUCUGGUUCUCAUCAGUCGUCUAGUUCUGGGCACCAUGGAUCUGGCUCAAGUCAGUCAUCUGGCUUUGGGAAGCAUGGGUCUGGUUCUCAUCAGUCAUCUAGUUCUGGGCAUCAUGGAUCUGGCUCAGGUCAGCCAUCUGGCUUUGGGGAGCAUGGGUCUGGUUCUCAUCAGUCGUCUAGUUCUGGGCACCAUGGAACUGGAUCAACUCAAUCAUCUGGCUUGGCGAAGCAUGGGUCUGAUUCUCAUCAGUCGACUAGUUCUGGGCAUCAUGGAUCUGGCUCAGGGUCAGCCAUCUGGCUUUGGGAGCAUGGGUCUGGUUCUCAUCAGUCGUCGAGUGCUGGGCACCAUGGAUCUGGCUCAAGUCAGUCAUCUGGCUUUGGGAAGCAUGGGUCUGGUUCUCAUCAGUCGUCUAGUUCUGGGCAUCAUGGAUCUGGCUCAGGUCAGCCAUCUGGCUUUGGGGAGCAUGGGUCUGGUUCUCAUCAGUCGUCUAGUUCUGGGCACCAUGGGUCUGGCUCAAGUCAGUCAUCUGGCUUUGGGAAGCAUGGGUCUGGUUCUCAUCAGUCAUCUAGUUCUGGGCAUCAUGGAUCUGGCUCAGGUCAGCCAUCUGGCUUUGGGGAGCAUGGGUCUGGUUCUCAUCAGUCAUCUAGUUCUGGGCACCAUGGAUCUGGCUCAAGUCAGUCAUCUGGCUUUGGGAAGCAUGGGUCUGGUUCUCAUCAGUCAUCUAGCUCUGGGCACCAUGGAUCUGGCUCAGUUCAGCCAUCUGGCUUUGGGGAGCAUGGGUCUGGUUCUCAUCAGUCGUCCAGUUCUGGGCAUCAUGGAUCUGGCUCAGGUCAGCCAUCUGGGUCUGAGCAGCGUGGUGCUGGCUCAGGUCACUCAUCUGGCUUUGGGGAGUAUGGGUCUGGUUCUCAUCAGUCGUCUAGUUCUGGGCAUUAUGGAUCUGGCUCAGGUCAGCCAUCUGGCUUUGGGGAGCAUGGGUCUGGUUCUCAUCAGUCAUCUAGUUCUGGGCAUUAUGGAUCUGGCUCAGGUCAGCCAUCUGGCUUUGGGGAGCAUGGGUCUGGUUCUCAUCAGUCAUCUAGUUCUGGGCAUUAUGGAUCUGGCUCAGGUCAGCCAUCUGGCUUUGGGGAGCAUGGGUCUGGUUCUCAUCAGUCGUCUACUUCUGGGCAUUAUGGAUCUGGCUCAGGUCAGCCAUCUGGCUUUGGGGAGCAUGGGUCUGGUUCUCAUCAGUCAUCUAGUUCUGAGCAUUAUGGAUCUGGCUCAGGUCAGCCAUCUGGCUUUGGGGAGCAUGGGUCUGGUUCUCAUCAGUCGUCUACUUCUGGGCAUCAUGGAUCUGGCUCAAGUGAGCCAUCUGGCUUUGGGGAGUAUGGGUCUGGUUCUCAUCAGUCAUCUAGUUCUGAGCAUUAUGGAUCUGGCUCAGGUCAGCCAUCUGGCUUUGGGGAGCAUGGGUCUGGUUCUCAUCAGUCGUCUACUUCUGGGCAUUAUGGAUCUGGCUCAGGUCUGAGCAGCAUGGGACUGGCUCAGGUCAGUCAUCUGGCUUUGGACAGCAUGAGUACAGUACUCAUCAGCCAACUAGUUCUGGGUAUCAUGAAUCUGGCUCAGGUCCAUCAUCAAGAUCUUGGCAGCAUAGGACUGGCUCAGGCCAGUCAUUUGGCUUUGGGGAACAUGAAUCUGGACCAGGUCAGUCUUCUGGCUCUUGGAGACAUUGGACUGGCUCAGGCCAUUCAUCUGGUUUUGAGGAACAUGAAUCUGGACCAGAAUUUCAACAUGGAGAAUCUCUUCAGAGAGAUGAAACAUCUCGAAGAGAGUGUCAGGAGAGCAGUAAAAAGCCUCAAUCAGGAAAAAAAGAGCCAUUACAUUCAGACACGAGCAAGAAAGCAAAAAGUCCACAAUUCAACACCGAGACAAGUGAAGGUGAAGAAUACACAGGAGUCCCACAGAGAGAUUCAGGAUCCACUAAGAGCCAUGCUCGACAUCAGCAUAGAGAGUCAGUUCAUGGACAAGGUGGCAGUCCUCAAAGGCAGGGUCAAGACAGUAGUAGACAGUCUCACUACAGUCACGGAGGACCCUCACAUUCAGGGUCCACCCCCAGAAGGUCACCAGUCCACACAGAGUCCAGUGAGGGUGAGGAACAGUCAGAAACCUCACAGAGACACACUAUGUCCACUCACAGUCAUGCUGGACAUCAACACAGAGAGUCAGUUCGUGGACAACAUGGGAGUCCUCAGAGGCAGGGUCAGGACAGUAGUAGACAGCCUCAGUACAGUCACGAAGGACCCUCACAUUCAGGCUCUAGUAGAACCCCCAGAAGGUCACCAGUCCACCCAGAGUCCAGUGAGGGUGAGGAACAGUCAGAAACCUCACAGAGACACACUGGAUCCACUCACAGUCAUGCUGGACAUCAGCACAGAGAGUCAGUUCGUGGACAACAUGGGAGUCCUCAAAGCCAGUGCCAGGACGCCACUGGACAUCCUCAGUACAGGCCUCAACAGCCCUCACCUUCUCAUUCUGAUAGAGCACCAGGGAGGUCACCAGUCCACCCAGAGUCCAGUGAAGGCUCUAGUAGAACCCCCAGAAGGUCACCAGUCCACCCAGAGUCCAGUGAGGGUGAGGAACAUCCCGAAGCCUCACAGAGACACACUAGAUCCACUCACAGCCAUGCUGGACAUCAACAUAGAGAGUCAGUUCGUGGACAACAUGGGAGUCCUCAAAGGCAGGGUCAGGACAGUAGUAGACAGUCUCAGUACAGUCACGAAGGACCCUCACAUUCAGGCUCUAGUAGAACCCCGAGAAGGUCACCAGUCCACCCAGAGUCCAGUGAGGGUGAGGAACAGUCAGAAACCUCACAGAGACACACUGGAUCCACUCACAGCCGUGCUGGACAUCAACACAGAGAGUCAGUUCAAGGGCAACAUGGGAGUCCCCAAAGCCAGUGCCAGGACGCCACUGGACAUCCUCAGCACAGGCCUCAACAGCCCUCACCUUCUCAUUCUGAUAGAGCACCAGGGAGGUCACCAGUCCACCCAGAGUCUAGUGAAGGUGAGGAACAUCCCGAAGCCUCACAGAGGCACUCUCGAUCCACACAGGGACAUUCUAGACUUCAACAUGGAGAGUCAGUUCAUGGACAACAUGGGAGUCCUCAGAGGCAGGGUCAGGACAGUAGUAGACAGAUCGGGUACGCACACGAAUGAACCCCACUCUCACGCUCAAGUCGAACCCCCAGAAGGUCACCAGUCCACCCAGAGUCCAGUGAGGGUGAGGAACAUCCCGAAGCCUCACAGAGACACACUAGAUCCACUCACAGCCAUGCUGGACAUCAACAUAGAGAGUCAGUUCGUGGACAACAUGGGAGUCCUCAAAGGCAGGGUCAGGACAGUAGUAGACAGUCUCAGUACAGUCACGAAGGACCCUCACAUUCAGGCUCUAGUAGAACCCCGAGAAGGUCACCAGUCCACCCAGAGUCCAGUGAGGGUGAGGAACAGUCAGAAACCUCACAGAGACACACUGGAUCCACUCACAGCCGUGCUGGACAUCAGCACAGAGAGUCAGUUCGUGGACAACAUGGGAGUCCUCAAAAUCAGUGCCAGGACGCCACUGGACAUCCUCAGUACAGGCCUCAACAGCCCUCACCUUCUCAUUCUGAUAGAGCACCAGGGAGGUCACCAGUCCACCCAGAGUCCAGUGAAGGUGAGGAACAUCCCGACGCCUCACAGAGGCACUCUCGAUCCACACAGGGACAUUCUAGACUUCAACAUGGAGAGUCAGUUCAUGGACAACAUGGGAGUCCUCAGAGGCAGGGUCAGGACAGUAGUAGACAGCCUCAGUACAGUCACGAAGGACCCUCACAUUCAGGGUCUAGUAGAACCCCGAGAAGGUCACCAGUCCACCCAGAGUCCAGUGAGGGUGAGGAACAGUCAGAAACCUCACAGAGACACACUAGAUCCACUCACAGCCAUGCUGGACAUCAACAUAGAGAGUCAGUUCGUGGACAACAUGGGAGUCCUCAAAGGCAGCGUCAGGACAGUGGUAGACAGUCUCAGUACAGUCACGAAGGACAGGACACAACUGGACAUCCUCAGCACAGGCAUGAACAGCCCUCACCUUCUAAUGCUGGAGGAACACCAGAGAGAUCACCAGUUCACUCUGAGUCCAGUGAAGGUGAGGAACACUCAGGAUUCUCACAGAGACAUUCUGAAUCUGCUCACAGACAUGCUGGACAUCAACACAGAGAGUCAGUUCAAGGGCAACAUGGGAGUCCCCAAAGCCAGUGCCAGGACGCCACUGGACAUCCUCAGCACAGGCCUCAACAGCCCUCACCUUCUCAUUCUGAUAGAGCACCAGGGAGGUCACCAGUCCACCCUGAGUCCAGUGAAGGUGAGGAACAUCCCGAAGCCUCACAGAGGUACUCUCAAUCCACGCAGGGACAUUCCAGACUUCAACAUGGAGAGUCAGUUCAUGGACAACAUGGGAGUCCUCAAAGGCAGUGUCAGGACAGUGGUAGACAGCCUCAGUACAGUCACGAAGGACCCUCACAUUCAGGCUCUAGUAGAACCCCGAGAAGGUCACCAGUCCACCCAGAGUCCAGUGAGGGUGAGGAACAAUCAGAAACCUCACAGAGACACACUGGAUCCACUCACAGCCGUGCUGGACAUCAGCACAGAGAGUCAGUUCGUGGACAACAUGGGAGUCCUCAAAGCCAGUGCCAGGACGCCACUGGACAUCCUCAGUACAGGCCUCAACAGCCCUCACCUUCUCAUUCUGAUAGAGCACCAGGGAGGUCACCAGUCCACCCAGAGUCUAGUGAAGGUGAGGAACAUCCCGAAGCCUCACAGAGGCACUCUCGAUCCACACAGGGACAUUCUAGACUUCAACAUGGAGAGUCAGUUCAUGGACAACAUGGGAGUCCUCAGAGGCAGGGUCAGGACAGUAGUAGACAGCCUCAGUACAGUCACGAAGGACCCUCACAUUCAGGCUCUAGUAGAACCCCCAGAAGGUCACCAGUCCACCCAGAGUCCAGUGAGGGUGAGGAACAGUCAGAAACCUCACAGAGACACACUAGAUCCACUCACAGCCAUGCUGGACAUCAACACAGAGAGUCAGUUCGUGGACAACAUGGGAGUCCUCAAAGGCUCUAGUAGAACCCCCAGAAGGUCACCAGUCCACCCAGAGUCCAGUGAGGGUGAGGAACAGUCAGAAACCUCACAGAGACACACUGGAUCCACUCACAGCCAUGCUGGACAUCAACACAGAGAGUCAGUUCGUGGACAACAUGGGAGUCCUCAAAGGCAGCGUCAGGACAGUGGUAGACAGUCUCAGUACAGUCACGAAGGACCCUCACAUUCAGGCUCUAGUAGAACCCCCAGAAGGUCACCAUUCCACCCAGAGUCCAGUGAGGGUGAGGAACAGUCAGAAACCUCACAGAGACACACUGGAUCCACUCACAGUCAUGCUGGACAUCAGCACAGAGAGUCAGUUCGUGGACAACAUGGGAGUCCUCAAAGCCAGUGCCAGGACGCCACUGGACAUCCUCAGUACAGGCCUCAACAGCCCUCACCUUCUCAUUCUGAUAGAGCACCAGGGAGGUCACCAGUCCACCCAGAGUCCAGUGAAGGUGAGGAACAUCCCGAAGCCUCACAGAGGCACUCUCGAUCCACACAGGGACAUUCUAGACUUCAACAUGGAGAGUCAGUUCAUGGACAACAUGGGAGUCCUCAGAGGCAGGGUCAGGACAGUAGUAGACAGCCUCAGUACAGUCACGAAGGACCCUCACAUUCAGGCUCUAGUAGAACCCCCAGAAGGUCACCAGUCCACCCAGAGUCCAGUGAGGGUGAGGAACAGUCAGAAACCUCACAGAGACACACUGGAUCCACUCACAGGCACGCAGGACCUCACCACAGAGAGCCAGUUCGUCGACAACAUGGGAGGCCUCCAAGGCAGCGACAGGACAGUGGUAGACAGUCUCAGUACAGUCACGAAGGACCCUCACAUUCAGGCUCUAGUAGAACCCCGAGAAGGUCACCAGUCCACCCAGAGUCCAGUGAGGGUGAGGAACAGUCAGAAACCUCACAGAGACACACUAGAUCCACUCACAGCCAUGCUGGACAUCAACAUAGAGAGUCAGUUCGUGGACAACAUGGGAGUCCUCAAAGGCAGGGUCAGGAGAGUAGUAGACAGCCUCAGUACAGUCACGAAGGACCCUCACAUUCAGGCUCUAGUAGAACCCCGAGAAGGUCACCAGUCCACCCAGAGUCCAGUGAGGGUGAGGAACAUCCCGAAGCCUCACAGAGACACACUAGAUCCACUCACAGCCAUGCUGGACAUCAACAUAGAGAGUCAGUUCGUGGACAACAUGGGAGUCCUCAAAGGCAGGGUCAGGACAGUAGUAGACAGUCUCAGUACAGUCACGAAGGACCCUCACAUUCAGGCUCUAGUAGAACCCCGAGAAGGUCACCAGUCCACCCAGAGUCCAGUGAGGGUGAGGAACAGUCAGAAACCUCACAGAGACACACUGGAUCCACUCACAGCCGUGCUGGACAUCAGCACAGAGAGUCAGUUCAUGGACAACAUGGGAGUCCUCAAAGCCAGUGCCAGGACGCCACUGGACAUCCUCAGUACAGGCCUCAACAGCCCUCACCUUCUCAUUCUGAUAGAGCACCAGGGAGGUCACCAGUCCACCCAGAGUCCAGUGAAGGUGAGGAACAUCCCGAAGCCUCACAGAGGCACUCUCGAUCCACACAGGGACAUUCUAGACUUCAACAUGGAGAGUCAGUUCAUGGACAACAUGGGAGUCCUCAGAGGCAGGGUCAGGACAGUAGUAGACAGCCUCAGUACAGUCACGAAGGACCCUCACAUUCAGGCUCUAGUAGAACCCCGAAAAGGUCACCAGUCCACCCAGAGUCCAGUGAGGGUGAGGAACAGUCAGAAACCUCACAGAGACACACUAGAUCCACUCACAGCCGUGCUGGACAUCAACAUAGAGAGUCAGUUCGUGGACAACAUGGGAGUCCUCAAAGGCAGCGUCAGGACAGUGGUAGACAGUCUCAGUACAGUCACGAAGGACAGGACACAACUGGACAUCCUCAGCACAGGCAUGAACAGCCCUCACCUUCUAAUGCUGGAGGAACACCAGAGAGAUCACCAGUUCACUCUGAGUCCAGUGAAGGUGAGGAACACUCAGGAUUCUCACAGAGACAUUCUGAAUCUGCUCACAGACAUGCUGGACAUCAACACAGAGAGUCAGUUCAAGGGCAACAUGGGAGUCCCCAAAGCCAGUGCCAGGACGCCACUGGACAUCCUCAGCACAGGCCUCAACAGCCCUCACCUUCUCAUUCUGAUAGAGCACCAGGGAGGUCACCAGUCCCCCCUGAGGCCAGUGAAGACUUCAACAUGGAGAGUCAGUUCAUGGACAACAUGGGAGUCCUCAAAGGCAGUGUCAGGACAGUGGUAGACAGCCUCAGUACAGUCACGAAGGACCCUCACAUUCAGGCUCUAGUAGAACCCCGAGAAGGUCACCAGUCCACCCAGAGUCCAGUGAGGGUGAGGAACAAUCAGAAACCUCACAGAGACACACUGGAUCCACUCACAGCCGUGCUGGACAUCAGCACAGAGAGUCAGUUCGUGGACAACAUGGGAGUCCUCAAAGCCAGUGCCAGGACGCCACUGGACAUCCUCAGUACAGGCCUCAACAGCCCUCACCUUCUCAUUCUGAUAGAGCACCAGGGAGGUCACCAGUCCACCCAGAGUCCAGUGAAGGUGAGGAACAUCCCGACGCCUCACAGAGACACUCUCGAUCCACACAGGGACAUUCUAGACUUCAACAUGGAGAGUCAGUUCAUGGACAACAUGGGAGUCCUCAGAGGCAGGGUCAGGACAGUAGUAGACAGCCUCAGUACAGUCACGAAGGACCCUCACAUUCAGGCUCUAGUAGAACCCCCAGAAGGUCACCAGUCCACCCAGAGUCCAGUGAGGGUGAGGAACAGUCAGAAGCCUCACAGAGACACACUAGAUCCACUCACAGCCAUGCUGGACAUCAACAUAGAGAAUCAGUUCGUGGACAACAUGGGAGUCCUCAAAGUCAGUUUCAGGACAGCACUGGAAAUCCUCAAUCAAGGCAUCAACAACCCUCAAAUUCUGGUGGUGGUAGAACUCCCAAGAGGUCACCAAUCCACCCUGAGUCCAGUGAAGCAUUUCCAGUCACCGAUUAGUGGAAUCCAAUAUGAUUCCAGUCAACACUGGAGACAUGGCAGCUAUGGCCGUGAAGACUAUGACUAUGGGCAGACAGGAUAUGGACCAUCUGGAGGUAGUGGAACUAGCAACCACAAUUCUAGUCCUAUGAGGUCAACACAUAGAGCCACAAAUAUGCAAGUGUCACAAAGUGGACAGUCUUUCUAUUUUUCUGAUCAUGUAAGAUCCAAAGCAAAUGAAGGAAUUUGA